AUGCCGCCGCCGCCGCCGCCGCCGCCGCGGGGCUCCGGCUCGGGCCCGGCCGCCCCCCGCUGCCGCCCGCCGCGGUUCCGGUACCGGCGCCACCCGAAGCCGCCCUACUCGUACCUGGCGCUCAUCGCGCUCGUCAUCCGCGCGGCCCCGGGCCGCCGCCUCAAGCUCGCGCAGAUCAUCCAGGAGAUCCGGAGCCUGUUCCCGUUCUUCGGGGGGGGGUACCAGGGCUGGAAGGACUCGGUGCGGCACAACCUGUCCUCCAACCCCUGCUUCGCCAAGGUGCUGAAGGACCCUGCGCGCCCCAAGGCCAAGGGCAAUUACUGGACGGUCGAUGUGAGCCGCAUCCCCGCGGGGUCGCUGCGGCUGCAGAACACGGCGGUGGCGCGGGGGGGCGCUGCCGCCUUCCCGCGGGACCUCACCCCCUUCGUCCUCCGCGGCUGCCCCUUCCCCGCCCGCCCCCUCCCCACUUCCUACAGCACCGCUGUGGCCCCCAACGCUGUGGCCCCCCCCAAUGGCCCCCCCGUGCUCGCGCUGCGGUGGGGGGUGCUGCCCCCCCACCCCCCCGCCCCACCGCGGUCCCCCCAAAGCCCCGAGGGGGGGGCCCAGCCCAUGCCCCCCAAUAAGAGCAUCUUCGACGUGUGGUUGAGCCACCCCGGGGACACCGUCCCCCCCGCGCUCCACGGGUAG